GCUGUUAUUUGUCGUUCGUUUAGUAAAUUGCAAUUUCUUUGUGUUAUUCGAUGUUUCUGCAUAACAACCAUUUGUUUAUAACCAGCCUCUGGCUUAUAGCUACACUGCUAAAACCCAUCGCAACAAUGCAAGUUUGUAUUAUUAACCAUGAGAAGUAUACUCAAACAUGACAGGUCCGUGCCUUGUUGAGUUCGGUAAAUCUGGCAUUAUUGUUCAGCUUAUCCCCUUGGUAACCGGCACAAAACAUCUCUGACCGCUGAUGCACGGCCUAAUGGAUAUUUACAUUAUUGUAAACGGCACGGCACAUGAAUUCAUGACCUAAUCGGUCGAUUUCUUUUGCUCUACCAAAAUUGCGAUCUGUUAUUUCCGGCUGCGAUUCCUUGCUUAAACAUGGAGCUUUCUUCACAUAACAAGACUGCUUAGAGGAUACGGAUCUACGACUGGAGUAUCAUUUGUAAGACAAGACGGGAAACGUGGUCAUAGCAAUUAGAUCUAAAUAGAGGUCCCAACGAAUACACAAUUGAUGCUGAUUCGCAAAGGUGAUAUAGUGAAUAACUAAAGGUUUCCUAAUGUAGAAGAUGCUACAGUAGGAGUGGACUAUAUGAUUUAUUGGACUUUAUCCAUGAAAUUUCGAGGAACUGAUAAAUAUGGCGGUAGCCAGACUCUAUAGAAAACCCGUAGGAUUACCAGCGAUGAAAACUACUUCAAAGACCGUAAUAUUCUACAAGAAUGGCGACGUAUUCUCCAAAUAUCCUGUAACAAUCACACCACGGAAAUACCGAAGCUUUGACAUACUACUGGCGGAGUUAUCAAUGAAAACGGAAUUACCCCAGGGUGUUCGAUAUCUUCUCGACAAAGAAAAUGGCGCCCAAGUUAAAAAUAUCGAAGAUUUGCAGGAUGGCAAAGAGUAUGUUUGCGCUUCUAACGCUAGAUUAAAAAGACUUGCUUAUGGCAAGAAGGGCCUGCCUGGCUGGAGAUCAAAACAGCACAUUGAUCUACCUCCGAUAACCAACCCACCGCCUACAAGAAAUUUAGGAUCAACGGGUAGCAGUGAUAACCGGACACACUAUCGUCGCAUAGAAACUAAAGCGCCUAGACGAUUAGAACCACUUAAACCGAAUACCGCCUCGCGGACUAGUGUCAAACCUAGAAUUGUUAGUGUUUAUAGGAAUGGCAAACCCAAGGAAUCCGCUAAAAAGGUAUUAUUAAACAAACGGACAGCGCAAACACUCGAUCAAGUCUUAGAUGAGGUAAAUCAUGUGUUUGGUCCUUCAAGCGGAUCUAAUGUACAAAAGUUGUAUACCACGAGCGGCAAGCUGAUCACAACUGUUGCGGAGUUAUUCCGCGAAAAUAAUGGGAUUUUUAUUGCUGUCGGAAGUGAAAGGUUUAAAGCGGAUGAUUUAGAGAGUAUAAAUGCGGAGGACGCUAAACAGGUUACUAGUCAUCAGCGAGUACUCAAACUACAUCACGGCAACGAAGGAAUUCGUCAUAACAGAGACAUCAAACACCAUCCCAAACACCAAGAUGUAUCGCCCAAGGCGAGUACGGAUAACGCACUGCCCAAAAUUACCGAUUCUAAUAAUAACAGGGAUUAUAGCCAUACAAAAGCCGAUAAUAAUAAUAAAGAUUUGAAGUCGCCAAAUGAACGUAAACCACAAAGCCCCAAAUACAAGCGACCACUAGGUAAACAAACUGAUAGCACAGGAAAUGCUAGCAAGCAAACCAAUGCUGUUGAAAACAAUGUGGACUCAGUAAAGCUACCUAAGAUCGGAGACGGCCAUUUAGUAACAAAACAGCAAGAGACAAUAGGCCAAGAAAAUGAAGGUCAAAUCACAAGCCCCCGCGACCCGCCGUCCGAACCUGUCCGAGAAACCGGACGGAAGCACAGCAAAGAGGAAAAACCGAUUGUCAAGAAGAAACGAUCAUCAAAAGAGUCUUCUUCUGGGCUCGAAGAGGAGCAGUAUUCCAGAGUUACUGAUAAAGAGGUCACGGACGUGUAUAACUUUGGACAAAAACUCGGAGAUGGAAACUUCGCGAUCGUCCGACAGUGCAAGGAUAAGAUCACCCAAAAGGAAUUUGCUAUAAAGAUUAUAGACAAGAGAAAAAUUAGAGGAAAGGAGAAAAUGAUCGAUGACGAGAUAGCGAUCAUGCGACGAUGCCGACAUCCGAACAUCGUCCGACUUUUCGAAGAUUACGACUCGGCUACGGAGAUAUACUUGGUAAUGGAGCUAAUCAAAGGAGGGGACUUAUUCGAUGCCAUCUCUUCCUCUGUCAAGUUCACAGAACAUGUGGCGAAGUCGUAUUUUCGGGACAUGUGCAAAGCGCUGGCGUAUUUGCAUAAGAGGAAAAUUGUACACCGAGAUUUGAAACCCGAAAACCUAUUGGUGCACAAACGCUCUGAUGGACAGACCCACCUCAAACUCGCUGACUUCGGGCUCGCCAUGGAAGUCACUGCGCCUAUAUUUACCGUGUGUGGUACCCCUACAUACGUCGCUCCCGAGAUCCUAGAGGAGAAUGGGUACGGGCUCAAGGUGGACAUGUGGGCAGCGGGUGUCAUCACUUAUAUCAUGCUCUGUGGAUUCCCGCCCUUCCGGAGUCCCAAUCGCGACCAGGAUGAAUUGUUCGACCUGAUCCAGUCUGGUGAGUUCGAGUUCCUGUCGCCUUACUGGGACCCGGUGUCGGACGAUGCGAAGGACCUGAUUUCUACCAUGCUGGUCGUGGAUCCCACCAAAAGGGCCACCGCUGACCAGGUCCUACAGCACCGGUGGGCUCGUCAGAAAAGCCCUACGGUAGAAGAACUGAGCAAGAGAUUGUUAGAAAAUGGAGAUGAGCGAAAGAAGAAGAAGUUCAAAACUGCGGCAAUCGCAAUAAGAGGCGCCAAACGGCUUGAGAAUUUGGUGGUCGACUUUCAUCGAGAAAAGUUUAUAAGUACUUCUUAAUAUAUAUAUAAGUACCAAAACCAUCGUAACAAGAGCCUUAGAGGCGUAUAUAUGCCAUAGAGAAACACACACAUUUGAUUAAACAAUAUCUGAGAAAACAACAGAAUAUUAUAUUUACCCGACAGUUCGAGGGUCUUCAAAGAAAACCUAGAUCUGUAUACCCCAUAAAUUCUGCUUUUGUGCUUCCAAAAUAACGUUCAAAUUAACCGUGCAAGUAUCCCGUUAGAUACAAUAAUUUAUUUCCAAGAAAUGAAGAUAAUAUAAAGAAAGGCAGCUAGACAUUUUUGUAUAAUUUAUAGCGUAUAGGUUUAAGGAUAUUAUUUCAUAAAAAAAUCCUCUUCAUUUAUUCAUACUCAUCGUGUACAAAUUAUGAUUGAGUCGUACUUGUACUUUAUAUAAAAUACCAGAGGUCUAUUUUUGUAAAGAUUGAUUUUACGAAAACCAAUAAAACGUGAAAGUGACUGUCA